AUGGCUCAGCAGGAGAGACAUUCCCAAGGCGUAUGGCUCGAUGGUCGUAUACCUCAAAGCGCUCAGAAGCCAGGCGAUUCAUCGAGGAAGGGUUCUUCGUGGCUGGAGGGGAGUCUGGCACCACGAAAGUGUUUGAACGACGUGACCGCCCUAAGCAAUGCUACAACUGCCAACAGAUCACGAACCACAAAGCCUACCAAUGCGACAUGA